AUGGACUUUGAAGAAACUCUUCUCCCUCAAAAGAUUCUUCAUUUUCUGUUUGAGAAGACGUUGCGCAUCCUGGAGAAGACGGUGGCGGCGAGGCGGAGGCUGCGAAGGCGCCCGGGCUCCGAGACCCAGGCACCGUACCGCGCCCCUCCCCCGCCAGCGCGGCUCCCGCGCACCCGAACAGGGCGACUGUCAUUAGCCUCUUGGAGAGGACCCGGGGCGGGUCCCGGUGUCCUGAAAGAGGCCCGGGCGACCUUCUGCAAAAGAACUUCUUGGCCAACGGCGCCCGGGGGCGGUGGAGGCGCGGAGGACGCGGCCAGGCCGGCGGCGGCCUGCGAGGGAAGUUUCCUGCCCGCGUGGGUGAGCGGCGUGCCCCGCGAGCGGCUCCGCGACUUCCAGCACCACAAGCGCGUGGGCAACUACCUCAUCGGCAGCAGGAAGCUGGGCGAGGGCUCCUUCGCCAAGGUGCGCGAGGGGCUGCACGUGCUGACCGGAGAGAAGGUAGCCAUAAAAGUCAUUGAUAAGAAGAGAGCCAAAAAGGACACCUAUGUCACCAAAAACCUGCGGCGAGAGGGGCAGAUCCAGCAGAUGAUUCGCCACCCCAACAUCACACAGCUCCUCGAUAUCUUAGAGACGGAAAAUAGCUACUACCUGGUUAUGGAGCUGUGCCCAGGGGGCAACCUGAUGCACAAGAUAUAUGAGAAGAAGCGGCUGGAGGAGCCCGAGGCCCGCAGAUACAUCAGGCAGCUCAUCUCCGCAGUAGAGCACCUGCACCGGGCUGGGGUGGUCCACAGAGACUUGAAGAUAGAAAAUUUGCUACUAGAUGAAGACAAUAAUAUCAAGCUGAUUGACUUUGGUUUGAGCAACUGCGCGGGAAUCCUGGGCUACUCCGACCCGUUCAGCACGCAGUGUGGCAGCCCCGCCUAUGCCGCGCCUGAACUUCUCGCCAGGAAGAAAUAUGGCCCCAAAAUUGAUGUCUGGUCCAUAGGCGUGAACAUGUAUGCCAUGUUGACCGGGACCCUGCCGUUCACAGUGGAGCCUUUCAGCCUGAGGGCCCUGUACCAGAAGAUGGUGGACAAAGACAUGAACCCCAUCCCCACCCAGCUGUCCACAGGAGCCAUCAACUUCCUACGCUCUCUCCUGGAACCAGAUCCCGUGAAGAGGCCAAACAUUCAGCAAGCACUGGCCAAUCGCUGGCUCAAUGAGAAUUACACCGGCAAAGUGCCCUGCAAUGUCACCUAUCCCAACAGGAUUUCUCUUGAAGACCUGAGCCCGAGCGUGGUGCUGCACAUGACCGAGAAGCUGGGCUACAAGAACAGUGACGUGAUCAACACUGUCCUCUCCAACCGCGCCUGCCACGUCCUUGCCAUCUACUUCCUCCUGAACAAGAAACUCGAGCGCUACUUGUCAGGGAAAUCUGACAUCCAGGACAGCCUCUGCUACAAGACCCAGCUCUACCAGAUAGAGAGGUGCAGGGCCACCAAAGAGCCCUAUGAGGCCUCGCUGGACACCUGGACAAGAGACCUUGAAUUCCAUGCCGUGCAGGAUAAAAAGCCCAAAGAACAAGAAAAAAGAGGGGAUUUUCUUCAUCGACCAUUUUCCAAGAAGUUGGACAAGAACCUGCCUUCGCACAAGCAGCCCUCAGCCUCGCUCAUCACACAGCUCCAGAACACCAAAGCCCUUCUGAAGGACCGGAAGGCCACCAAGUCUGCCUUCCCUGACAAAGAUUCCUUCGGCUGUCGCAAUAUUUUCCGCAAAACCUCUGAUUCCAACUGUGUGGCUUCUUCUUCCAUGGAGUUCAUCCCUGUCCCACCCCCCAGGACCCCCAGGAUUGCAAAGAAACUGGAGCCCCAUCAGCAAGGGCCUGGAGGUGUCCCCUCCAGGGAAGACCCCCUGAUGCUGGAGAUGGUGCGCUCCUUCGAGUCUGUUGAUCGCGACGACCACACGGAACUGCUGUCCCCCUCCCACCACUACAGGAUUCUGAACUCACCAUUGAGCUUGGCUCGCAGAAAUUCCAGUGAGAGGACACUGUCUCCGAUCCUGCCACCCGGAAGCACGUCACCUCUCCAAACUCCUUUGCAUCCCACUCUGGUCUCCUUUGCCCACGAAGAUAAGAGCAGCCCCCCAAAAGAGGAGGGCGUGUGUUCCCCACCUCCAGUUCCUAGCAGCAGCCCCGUGCAGCCUCUGGGGAGCCCAAAUUGCGUGAAGAGCCGAGGCAGAUUCCCCAUGAUGGGCAUCGGCCAGAUGCUGAGGAAGCGGCACCAGAGCCUGCAGCCCUCUGCAGACAGGCCCCUGGAGGCCAGCAUGCCCCCACUGCAGCCCAUGGGCCCCGUGAGCCUUUCCUUCGACAUCGCUGAUGGGGUCAAAGGCCAGUGUUAACCUGGGCCAGCGGUACUCUGGGUGUCUCUAAGGAAGGCAGUGGAACGGAGCUCCACACCUCGUCAGGGCAUGAACAUUCAAGGACCACGCGUGGGGCGUCCUCACGGCCUCAUCUAUGCCUACCGCGCGAUGUCACAACUGUAGAACUGCCAAAAUUCACAGACCCAAAGCCUGCACAACCCAACCUCACUUAGAGACCCCCAGAUGCUGGAAAUCACUACGAGGGUUGGCUCGGGGGCAGCCGAUCCCAAUCAGCUCCUCCUUUCUCCCAGCCACUCACCAAGCCCCUUCCGCCUCCUCACCUGGGCUCGGAGUGAAAACCGUGCAUCAGCCUUCUGGGCCACUCAGAUUACUCUGUCUUCAUGCUGUGUUACGUGUGUGCCUCUCAUGGAUUGUUUUCUUUUUAGCAGUCAGCCACAGUCGCAUGGGGACUACCAACAGUGUCACUAAGUCAUUUAUCCCAGCCACAGUUUCCUCUGCAGUUUGCAGCGGCCCUCCCUUUCAUAGCAGUGAUCCCUGCAGGCCAGCAGGAGCUGGCGACAGGAGCCCA